AUGUGGAACAUAGGAGAGAAAUGUGGAUUGUAUGCUAACAUCCAAAAGUGCUACAGAGAGCUGAAAGAUGGCCCAGUCAGAGUUAUCAAGCUGAAGAUUUUGCUGCGAUCGAGGCGCUCAACUGAUAAUCUUCCUGAGUCUGAUGCUCAAAGUCGAUUCGCAGCCGGAGUUGGCUCAGCCAUUGCGAGUGCCUUGCAGUGGAAGUCAGAUGUAAUGGACUGGCUCGCCUAUACUGGGAGAGUUGAAGAUACAAAAAACAUGGAAAUUGUCUUCUUAUUAGCUGAUAAGAAAGCCCUGGGUAUUACCAUUACAUCCACUCCAUCCGUCAACUUCAACCAGACCAUCCAAGAGUUUGCGUUAGCUGUAAAACAGGGAAAUCUUCCUUCGAAAGUAGAUGGACACAAUGUUUGGGUGAAGAGCUUAGCCUCGUGUUCUGAUAAAGCCUGCACCAGCACCCAGACACUGGCAGAUUCAGACAAGCGUCCAAACUGGAAUGGUGCUGCUGAGAUCUUAGGUGGUAAAGUUGUCCUGUGUGGAACCAUCGCUGUGUUGGUCACGAUGAUGGACAAAUUGCUUUACUAAAAAGAUACUCGCAUUUGUCAAGAAGGUAGAUUUAGUUUUUCUGUUUAUUGAGCUACAUAGAUUUAUCAUGCGUAACAGUUGAUCUAAUGGUCUGUCAGUCACCCUGGGUUUUGUGCUCGAUGCCUUCGAGCUGAAACAUUUCGAGUCCCUACCUGCUGCAAAAAGCUUCACUAAAACGUACACCUCGCUAAUUUUACUCUUGCAAUGCUUGCGACAAUCAUGGCGAUUUUUAGCUUUAGCAUGUUAGGCGUGGUCAUGGUGCUGAACCCUUCAGACAACAUUCCCGCACCAUCAUUGAAUCAAAAACCAGGACCUGAAUCACGAAUCAAUUCUGGACCACAAAAUAGCUGCUGUUGUUCAUAGCUUACGAAAAAGAGCAUUUCAAAUAUUGUGGUAAACCACCAAGUUGCAUUGUUUUGUAGGUUUCAAUCAGUCUUUCGGUGUUAUUUUUACCAUAAACAGGCUUCAGUGUGUAACUGAUAUUACGCGUUGCUGAAGGAAGAGUAGAAUCUAUUUGCCCAGUAGAUGUGAGACGUUUCAUGAGAGGUUACUCACAAGUUACGAUAGCCUAUGUCUGAUUAUUAGAUGAAACCACUGUGUCUUAUAGUAUAGUGUCUCUCUCCAUUGAAAGGAUAAAUAGACAGGGCACUUCUUUGAAGUGAUAUAACCUACUUAUACCUGAUUACACGUAUAUAGUCGGUAUUUUCCGUCUAAGUUGCUUUUUUAGAUCUUUUGUCUCAGUUUAGAACUGUAGCUGUAAAGAUCAUGCUUUUCCGAAUAUUCUUAUUGAAAUAAAGUAAAAAAAGGUAUUAUAUAAGCGUCUUAGACUGUUAUAACCAUUGUUAGCCAUUAAAAGCAUUUAAGCAUUAUGAAAUUGUUAAUGAGUUGUUCCUUGCGCACUACUCGUUGCCAAGAUCGGCCCCCACCCUCCUCCCCCUCUACAUCGCCCGGGAUGUUAGCCAAGAUCAUUUUCCGACGUUUUCCCUAAUUUUUUCAUUCGUUUCGCCAGUUUCUUUCGUUUUGGUUAUUUUAGUGUUUUUACUUGAUUUGUUUUUCUCGUUUGCCUUCUCUAGUGUUAGCAGAUGCCCUUACGAAGGACUAACGCUCGACACGUCAAAGAAACUCUUUAUGGUUUACAUUAUCAACUCAGUUGAUAAAACCAAAUAAUCUUGAAGUACCCCUCCCCUCCCCCUCCCCCCGCAAACGCAGAAGAACCACAGUUUGUUUAGAUCAAUUUAACCUCUUUAGUCUUCUCCAAAGACAGAUUACUUUUGAUUGGCCGGCGCCCAAUUGUUACAAGCUCAAUUCAAGCAGUUCAUAGUCUUCCUUACACAAUCGCCUAUGGAUGUCAUUUCAGUGAUACGCACAGGUUUCAUUUCAAGUCUGUGUCGAUAAGAGUCAUGUGAGCCUACGAUCGAUCAAAAGCCUCUCCCAAUUGUCAUGCGUCAACAUCUGUCUACACGCAUGACAUUGUGAUACCAAAAUAAAGUUUAUGUAUAUAGGUAUGUAGAGUUGUAAUAAACAGUCAAAGGCGGGCAUAUGUAUGCGCUACUUCCCUAGCGCGUGACACGCACUUCGCGCCGCUUUGCGCGUGACACGCACUUCGCGCCACCUCGUGCUUGACUCGGACUUCGCGUCGUCUCACUCGCCUUUGUUCGACUGAAAAACGUUAAAAAAUUAUGCUGGUUUUGCAGGCAUAUCUUGUAUUAAAUGAUAUUAGCUAUCGUCUGCUAUUAAUCAUUGUUAGGCAAGGCGUUGAAAUUUAAAAAAAAAACAAAAAAUUGCCUUUUUUUGAACAUAUCUCAGUAAAAGUUACUAGAUUAUUGUUAAAUUCUCUAUAAGGGCUUUAGGAACUGAGCCGAAAAAGGAGCGAGCCUUUGGGGAUUGUGAAUUGAAUAAGAGAUUAAUGCGGAUUAAAACAUCAUCGUGAGUCAAUAAUUCUUGAGAGAAAAGCAAACACUCAAAGACAAUGUCUGUCUUUCUAGGAAAUUGACAAGGAAGCUGUGAUUUCACCAUACAUAAUCACAGAAGGGGGGUGGGGUGGUGUUCAAAGGCAUAUGAGCCGCUCAAUUCCUACCCGAGGCAAAAGCAGUCGCAAAGGAACAAUCCGUUUUGUUUCCUGCAGGUAAUAUGCCUCUGCAGCUGUUAACAAUUCGCUAUAUGAGACAAAUGAGAAAAGAUAGCUUGUGUUCAAGGUUUCCCCCUAUGUCCCCACCCCCACCCCCACAGACGUAGACACACCUUUUAUAAAUAAUUGAUUGUAAGAAGGGUCAAUACCCACUACAAACUUUACCAUAGACGAUCGACGUUGGCAGAGUUAUCGUGCUUCCCUUGGAUUCAUUAUAAAAGCUAAUACGGUAAGUAGUGUUAGAUAAAAUAUAAGCGAAACGAUUUCAAGUUGGUUAGCAGUUAAUAUAAGCAGCCUGACACGCUCAGAGGGAUAAUUAAUGCUAUUUGGAGGCGAUGGCCCGUGGAAAUUUCAGAGAGAAUUUUGCUUUGAGUCGACGACGAAUCUUCAUUUCUUUCCCUACGAGGUGUCUCGUAGAUCAAGCCAUUCUAAUAGAGGUUCUCGGAGGUUUCACCAUAUGACCAUGGAUCUUGAUCAUGACUAAUAAAUAUUAAAAACACAAUUGGGACCAGAGAAAAAGUCUGGAUAAUCGAGAAAUCCGGAUAAUCGAGGUGCGGAUUUUCGAGGUUCGACUGCGGUAUUCAGGUAGUUCAAGUUACUAUAGAACGUAUAACAUAUAGAACAUUGAAACACAUCGUACUUUGAAAAACACAGGGUCGUUCAGUUCUUGUAGGCCGCUUUUUAUGGUUUGAUGAAACUAAGUAUAUAUUAUACCUGGAGAACACGACCAUAGCAUCUUUAAUUCAACUGGGGAAGGAUGUCACGAUACGGUGAAUUUCAAAACGAGCUACACGAGGCCUCUUUCACUUCUGCAAUCAGCUACAGUCUCUCACCAUUCGGCCUCAUUUGAGUAAUCGAAACUUGUGCUUUGCGUGGGCUGUCAUCAGAGUUCAGUUUUACAAAGCAUUAUUGCAGGUGUAGCAUGAAAUUUAAUUUCUUCGAGCUAAUUUCGCCAUGCGAACACUGUACACGGCUCAUUGAAAAUGUUGUGCUUUUUGCGUUGCAGUGAUAUUAUCUCGAUUAUCCGGACUCAUUGGGACUAGACGAAAUAGUCCAGAGAAUUGGGGGUCCGGAUAAUCAAGAAUAUGAACAUUGAUGAGGAACAAAAAUGUUCUUAAUUAGUUACGACGCGUGGGAGCGCUGCUUUUGCUUUUUGAAAGCGUAGUUUUAAAAAGAAUAUGGCUACGGAUCGUGAUCAUCACUAACAAAUAUUCAUGACAAAAUUGGGACCAGAGAAAUAGUCUGGAUAAUCGAGGUCCGGAUAGUUGAGGUUCUAUUGUAUUUAAGCCAGAGAACAUGAUCAUAGCAUCUUUAAUUCAACUGUGGAAGGAUGUCACGAUACCGUGAAUUUCAAAAGUAGCUACACGAGGCCUCUUUCAAUUCCGCAAUCAGCUACAAUCUUUUACCAUUCGGCCUCAUUUGAUUAAUGUAUACUUGUGCUCCGCGUGGACUGCUAUCAGAGUUCAGUUUUAGAGGUAAUAUUGCGGGUACAGCAUGGAAUUUCAUUUCUUUGAGCCAAAUUUUGCCAUGCGAAUUCUGUACACAGCUCUUCAGUUGAAAAUAUUUUAAGUUUUUAAGUUGCAGUGAAAUUUAAGACGAUCUUUUUAUGGUUUAGCUUCUCACCUGGCUUUGACAUUUCGUAGUUUGAAAAAUGAUUCAAUUUACCACAAAGUUCUCGGCGCGUGCGCUUGCUGUAAAACUAUUUUGUUUAAUAGUAAAGGCGAAACGCUUUGUAAGUUCUUUUGGCGACAAUAUAUUUACCGGUCGGUUGCAGAAAUCGGCCGAGUGGACGUAAUAAGUGCUUAUUUAACCUUUAAGACCUCGUGUAUUUAGAUAAAUAGGGAAACGAAAGACAUCGCGCAUAUACGCUUUGGUAAGUCGUCGAAAAUUACCCAGCUGUCUAUACUUUUCUAAGUUGUAGCACGGUUAAUAUAUUAGGUGCCUGGGCCUAAAGAAAAAUUGAAUAAGAGAUGGAUUCAGGCCAGCAGCUGUAGACUAACCAGUUAUUAUUUGUCUUAGCUGUGGAUGAAUACAGGUAAACAAUGCAUUUCUAGGAAACUACGGAAGCAACAGCGAAUUUCCGGUCUAUGCACAGGUGUCUUAAGCUCACGGCCCAAGCUUACGUGUCUAGAAAAGUAAACGAUUUUAAAAUUAGUGAAAGCAUCAAGUGCUAUCUGACGCGGAGUUAAGUUAGGUUGAGAAUUUACACACACUGUAAGGAAUAGUACGGAGUAAGAAAUAUGAUCGAUCUACAACGCUAAAUAUUUCGAAAUAUGAACAUUCUACGCGUAAGAAUAACAGAACCUAUUCAGUCUUUGUUUGUCUAUUGUGGUUUGUGGUGUUCUCUGCCGCUUUUGGCUUGCUUUUCCAUCACUAUUUUUCCUGUUAUAAGACGGAGUUACUCUCUCAUGAAGUAAUCUUUUGCUUUUCCUCGAGACGUGAGCCUGGAAGACCUGUGGUAUAUGUUCACAGAUGGGGGGUGGGGGGGAUCUUAGGGACGUUUCGACACCGUCUCUACACUAACAAUAACUUCAAAGGGAGUCUUUAGCACUCACAGUUUUUUUUCUGUAGAUAAUCACAAUCUCAAAUCUACAUGGAAAAAUUCCUUACUUGAAACAAUCGCUUGUAAGUCUGACCCGCUUUCACAGGCGCCUGCUUACAAGCGUGUGAAUAAUCAAAUUUGAAUAGGCAGCGGGGCAACAUGUUGCUGAAUCCUUCGUAUGUUCAAGGUUGAAAUCAUCUAGAAUUGUUUGCCUGGGACAUUUAAUGAAGGAAAGCUUAUAAGAUUAUGAAAUGAAUAGUCAUUCAUUUUGUGCUUGCGGGAGAAGUGAAAAUAGAGCGCGCUGACUGUUUCAGAAUUGACAGAUUUUUAAAGGCUUUCGAAUUCGCUUGAGGUACUAGCUUUGGUGGCUUUUUCGAACGCAUUGAAGUUUACCGACUCGUUGGAAAGGCAAAGCUUUUCACGAGUUUUCCGGUAGUCAUUAGAUAGGCGACUUGGAAAAUCGCUCAUGAGACCUAAUGUUGUGUAAUAACUAAUAUCUCGAACUUUAGAGUGUCAGAAGAUAGCUCAUUGAUACGUCCCAAUCAAUUCAUGAUUGAUACAAACGUGAUAACAUAAAUGAAAACGUAAUUUAGCUAAACUUCCCAAACUAAACGUUCUCAUCAAAAAGCUCUUUUAAAACAAACUACAUGUACAGAAAUUACUGUUGUUUCUGCGAGAAUGUUAAAAACAUGAUUCGCUAUUGAUCAUUAAAAAGAUAACUGUUUUUCAGAAGAAGCUAACUGCAGCCCCUCCCUCCCCCCCCCUCCUCUAUAACUUGAAUCAUUUUUAGUUUCUCUUGGGAGUUCGAGUGUCAGCGGGCUUCAACUGUAUUCGUUUUCGCACUGCAAAUGUAUGAAUAGAUAUUCAAUCUUAAAGUGUCCUAAUUACAUUUCUCAGGUUUCAACUUUGAACGAUGUUAGUUCUUACAUUUAUGGUGUUGCUUGUGGUUGGGUUGGGAUGGGCCGCCCAGUGUGACAAGUGGUCUGGACCCACUGGAACUGUUGAAUGCAUUCAAUUAAGGCGGUACAAUAACGAGUUCCAAUGGGGGACAUGCGUGACGGAUGCUUACAUGAAGCAGAAGAGCAACCAAAAACACCAGUGCAUAGACCGAACUGCAACCUACUGCUGGUAUCAGUGUAUGCUUGAAGUGCAUAACAAGAACGAUGGAUCAGUGACGAGUGAUUGUUCCUGUAAUUCUAGCAAUCCAACCUCUUAUCCAAACACUCUCACGCCUACCACAUUACUGCCUCCAGAGUGCUAUAGUCCAUCAGGGGAUUCCUGUGAUUGGUAUCGCAACUGCCUGGAGAGGAAGUAUCCCUGUGAAGCUACAAGUAAUGGAUAUGCAAUCAAAUACGCUGAACAUUUUUGCAAGCUGUAUGACCAAAACUUUGCAAAGUUCAGUCUAAGCGGGAAAAACUGGGUUAAUGGAGUUCGUAAAUGCCUCCAAGUCUCAUUAGUGCCACUAUUGCGGCCAUGGGUCGAUCCAACCUGUGAAAAGAUACGAGAAAGAGCGUUUGCCUCUCAUACACCAUGUUACCUGGAUCCAGGAAAUGGUGCGCCGUCCGUCUGUGAUCUUGACUGCUCCGAUUACUACCAGAUCUUUUGGACCAUCAAGGGUUCCUUUGUCAAAGUCGACACACUAUGGGAAUCUCUCAAAGGAAUGUGGAACAUAGGAGCGAAAUGUGGAUGGUAUACUAACAUCAAGAAAUGCUACGGAGAGCUGAAAGAUGGCCCAGUCAGAGUGAUCAAGCUGAAGAUUAAAAGGUUUUUUCCACGAUCAAGGCGCUCAAUUGAUCCUCUACCAGAAUCUGACGCUCAAAGUCGAUUCGCAGACGGAGUUGGCUCAGCCAUUGCGAGUGCCUUGAAGUGGAACUCAGAUGUAAUGGACUGGCUCGCCCAUACUGGGAGGGUUGAAGAUCCAGAAAACCUGGAAAUUGUCGUCUUAUUAGCUGAUAAGAAAGCCCUGGGUAUUACCAUUACAUCCACUCCAGCCGUCAACUUCAACCAGACCAUCCAUGAAUUUGCUUCAGCUGUACAUCAGGGAGCGCUUCCUUUGAAAGUGGAUGGACACAAUGUCUGGGUGAAGAUCUUGGCCUCGUGUUCUGAUAAAGCCUGCAACAGUACCCAGACACUGGCAGUAUCUGACAAGCCUCCAAACUGG